UUACAUUAAUUGUUUAUCAAAAUCAUUCAAAAAAUGUCAACUAUUGGAGCCAAUUGGGCAUAGAAGGACCUAGACCAGUUCCUAUAUUAGGAAAUAUUAUAGCUAUUUUAAAAGGCAAAUAUGAUUUACCCUGGUAUAAACAAUAUGGUAAAUCAGGAAUCUAUGGUGUAUUCGAAUACAAUACACCCGUACUGACUGUUUGCAAUCUACCCAAUGUCCAGAAAGUAUUGGUCAAACAUUUCGAACAAUUCAAUCGAUUGGACGUAAAAUUUCCGAAAGAAUUUUCCAAAUUUUCCAGUUUAGUCAACCGAGACACUGGCCGUUGGAAACAAUUGCGUAUCGAAACAUCCGUAUUGUUUACCACACGGCGUAUGCGUGUAUUUUACGACGAAGUUGUCGACCGAUGUUCCCGUAAUUUGGUCAAACAUUUCCACCAGAAUAUCGGUUACGGCCAACCGUUUGGUGUUAAAGCCGAAACCGAACGCCUAACUUUGGACAUAUAUCUCGGGUAUGCAUUUACCCGUCGGAGUUCAAUGGGUUAUUUCCCCGACGAUCCGGCCGAAAAUCGCCGAUAUUGGUCACUAAUGUCCGCUGGUGUCCGAUUGGAUGAUGAGCUAAAAUGGAACGAAACCAAUGUACGGCUACCCGAUUGCGGUGGUCUACUACAACCAGUGGCCAAUUGGCUAACGGGUGUCAAUUUAGAUAAAGCAUUCGGUAAUCUGGAACAAUUGAUUAGCGAAUAUUUGGUUAAACGUUUAGAAAAUCGUACGGACAAUGAUGAUGACGAUGACGAUUAUAGCGAUGCUAAAUAUGGUAACGAAAAAUUAGAUAUUGUCGGCAUCUAUUUGAAAUUGAUUAAUGGAAAAGUCAGUGUCGACGAUCCGAUGGCCAUACGUGUAAUGUCUUUCUAUUUGAUCAGUCAGUUUAUAGCCCUAUUCGGCUCAGUUAGCGAUACCCUGUGUGAAAUGGUCAUACAUUUGGCCCGUUAUCCUAGUAUUCAAGCAAAACUAUACGACGAAAUUAAGGAAGCAUUGGAUCAAACAUCGACCGAAACGGUUACCGAUGAUGAGGACAGUUGGCAGAAAAUAUCGUACGAUUCUCUAACACACUUACCCUAUAUGGAGGCAACAAUCAAAGAAUCUCUACGUAUUAAUCCCAAUACUGUACGUUUGCGUCGUGUAUUUAUGGGCUCAGAGGACAGUGAGGCAGCAAAAUCGUUGCCCGGUGUCCACUUGAAACCAGGGGAUCGUAUUGACGUACAGGUAUCGGCCAUACAUAUGGAUGAUACCCUAUUUCCCCAACCAUACGAAUUUAACCCGGAUAGGUUUCUGGAUCCGGAAACCCUGAAUAGAUGGUCUAACCUGGAUGCUAAUGCACUAUUGAAUUUUGGCCUAGGACCCCAAAUGUGUUGCGGUAAUCGUUUUGGACUGUUGGUUAUCAAAUCGUUUUUGGCGCACAUGAUUGGCAACUAUGAAUUUUCGUUGUUGGAAAUCGAUGACCUAUAUCGGCCAAAAUGGUGCGAAGCUCAUGAUAUACCCGAUCAGAUUUAUCGGCUAAAAUGUUGUGUACAGCCCAGGGUUAAGGAGGCUGUUGAGUAGGUUGGUGUGGGUGUGUGUGUGUGUUUGUAUG